AUUUCAAAGUUAAUUCUCUCUCUCUUCACCAAAGAAAUCUGGAAAACUCUCUCAUUCUCGAACAAACCCUAGCCGCCGCCUCCUCCUCACUCCUUCAGUGUGUCUCCGGCGGUCGUUACAUUGCUCCACCAUCUUCAUCCUCUCCUUUUCAUCUGUAAUUAUACUCUAUCAAAUUUAUUUCAAGUCAAAGAUGAUUUUAAAUUUCCCUACGACCAUCUUUUCGGCUAGAUCUUGACAUCCACGUACAAGCUUUUGAAAAUCUAUCACCAUAAAAAGAGUCCCCUCCAUCUUCUCUACAAAACCCAUUUAGAAAUAACAGUAACGGACAACCUUCGCCGGAGCUUGCAACCACCGCGCCGGGAAAGAGCUUACGUGUUUUCAUCCCAAUCUUGUAUGUUGUCCAGAUCUGGGUUAGAAUUUUUACACAAACACUUAAACCUGGGCUGUUGUCUUCAUCAAGUUCAAACAGUGUGUUGAAAAACAAUGGCAAGUGCACCUGCUCAAAUCCCUACAAGCUUUGGACAUGAAUUGAGGGCUUGUCUUCGUUGCCGCCUUGUCAAAACCUACGAUCAGUUUAGGGAGUCAGGAUGUGAGAACUGCCCAUUUUUACAGAUGGAAGAAGAUCAAGAGCGUGCUGUUGAAUGCACCACCCCCAAUUUUAAUGGGAUCAUUUCUGUAAUGGAUCCAACUCGAAGCUGGGCCGCCCGUUGGUUGCGCAUUGGAAAAUUUGUUCCUGGUGUUUACACUCUUGCUGUCUCAGAGGCUCUUCCAGACGAUAUGCAGGCUAUUUGUGAGGAUAAGCAUGUGCCAUAUACACUUCCCAAACGUUCGUGAAACAAGUAAAUAUAGGCCUUGUGACAUCUCUAACAUGGUUGGAAUCGAGUAUGUAUUGAUGUGGACUUUAGUGCUAGUUAUGUUUGAAUGCAUUAUUGAAAUGCGUUGUUAAAAUUAUCUAAACAGAAGUUAGUUAGUGUGUACGUGAGAAGAGCUCAUGAAACUAAAUGUAAUAUAGGCUUCCUUUUGACUGAUAUGUUGUUGGCCAAAGUAAUUUAUCAAACUACUAUCAUGCAAGCGAAUUACCAAUUUGCGUUCUUUUGGUCAUGCUGGAAAUUUUCACUUUGGUUUA